GAAUAAUGGGGGUCUGCACAGUGAGGUUCCGAUCCGGGGUCCUCACUGCGAGUUAGACCAUCGAAGAGUACCGUCGUCGUCGUGUCGGGAUAUAAGACUAGAUUGACUUUUUCAGGCACCGUGGCAGAGGAAACGGAAAAAACGACCGUUAUGGAAUAGGCGCGAACCGUUCGGUUUUCUGUUGAGAAAGGAACAAAAGAAAGAAACGUUAGGGAACUGAUUUUCGGAGUUUUAUGUUAUAUUUUUUUGUCGGAAGUUUCUGUUAUGCAAUGAGUUUUUGAGAAGUUUUUUUUUUAUUUAUUUAACUUUACCACACAAACCCCGCUAAAGUCUAUUCAAAAGUUAAGUGCGUUGAAUUUUCGUUUAUCGUUUAUCGAAUCGUUCCAAACACCAAAAAGAAAGACAAUCCAAUUAUUUGUAAGGAAUCAACCGUUGAAUCGAAUCCAAUCGAUUACCAAAAAAACCGUUACCAAUGUUUUCCAAGGCAAAACUGAAGAGAUUUAACGACAUCCCAGUCGUUUCCUCUCCAUCGCCUUUCGUUGAACCACGGGAGAAAGAACCUACCAAAAAAUCCAAGAAGGAAGAGAAAAUCAAACUGGGCAGCAUGGACGCCGAAUCGAUCAAAACCAGCAAAAGCGCUCUCAGUCUUUUCCGAACGCCAUCACUUCCCAAGCGGCUCAAGUUCAAACACAUUUCGGACCUCACGCCCAAGAAGUCCAAGGAAGCUGCUGCGGAAAAAUUGCGUCAACUCGAUCUGGAAUCCCCGGGAGCCAAACCAACGGAGAAAGCAGUGGAUUGUGGUAACGGUAAAGUUCCUCCAAUCGUUCAGCUGUACAACAAGAUCGACGUGAACAAGGAAGCGCUGCAGCGCACCCGCGAGGAGAAUGAAGAGCUCAAGGCUCGAGUCCAGGAACUGUUGGCGGAGCGUCGGCUAGCGGAAAGCGAACAGGGUACCGUACUGGAAGAGAAGGAUCAUCAAAUUAUGUUGUUGGAACGGGAGUUGACCAGUAUUACCAAAGCGGAUGAGCUGUUGCAGCAGAUUGCGGAAGGAUGCCUGGAGAAGGUGAAGGAAAAUGAGGAAGAGAUCAAGCGACUGCACAGAGAUUAUGAGCGUCAACUGGGUGAAGUUUAUAAUUCUAAAAUUGAGCUGGAGCUGAAAUUCGAGGAAUUGGAGACUGAAUAUAAUAAGCUGCAAGAUGAGCACAUGGUGAAAGAAGGGGAAAACUUUUUGCUAAGCGAGGAACUGUUGGCGGUAAGAGAAAUUCUAGAAGCACAUGAUAUGGAAUUGCAGAGGAAGGUGGACGAGAUCAAGGAGAUGGAACAGAGCUUGGAUCAGUUGAUCAAAGAGGGGAAUGAUUUGAAGGAGCAGGUUAACUAUUUCCGCAUUCAGGCCGAAGAAGAUAUGAUGAAGUAUGUGGAAGAGAGUCGAGUUACCAUUCGCGAGAUGGAUACGUUUAAGAAGAAGAACGAUGAAUUAAUGGCGCAACUAACUGAAAAGAACGCUAUCAUUGAAGAAAUGCAAGAGGAAUUGAAUGAGAAUCAAUUUGAGAUGGAUGAAAUCAGAGAUGAUGUUCGGAAUGACUUCAACCAAGAAUUGACUGUGGUGGUCAAGAAAUACGAACAGCAAUUGGCCACGUUGAAUGAAGUCAAUGAAAUGAAAAUCAGAGAAUGUGAGUCGAUCUUUGUGCUGGAAAAAUCAAAGAUGAUGAAAGAACACGCUGAUAAGAUCAAGAACAUGGAUAAGGAUCAUCAGCGGGAGAUUGAACGAAUCAGCGAACAGGCUGAGGAAAAGAUUCGCAUAGCAGAGGUUCAAAACGAAGAGCGUAUGAAGGGGCUGGAGCUUUCGAUUCAAAACACCAUUGCAAACGCAUUAGCAAAUGAGAAAAUGCAUUGGCAGAAGGAGCUGGACAAGUGCCAGAAGAUUGCCGAGACGGAGAUCAUGCAGUGUGAAUUUGAGAAGCGUGAUCUACGAGCUCUCUGGGAAGCAUCGAAUGAGGUGAUCAAAGAACACGAGAAAAAGAUCGCAGAGUUGGAACGAAGACUGAUUUCAGAAAUGGGUGGCAGCAACAAAACUAAAGACGAGUAUGAAAAUGAACUUAAGGAGUUGAAUAGGGAGAAUGCGCGACUGCAGACAGAGAAAUACAACUAUCAGUUGACACUGAACAAUACUCGAUCUACAGUAAAUAUUCUGAUGGAACGACUGAAAAAGUCGGAUGGAGACGUUGAAACACUUAAGUCGGAACUCGACUCGGUAGUCAAGAGCAAGGCUGAGAUUGAAACUGAAAGCAACAAGCUUAGGGAAGAGAUCGAAGAGUACAGGCGAGUUCUGGCAGCGCUGCGAUCUUCUUCCAGUCAACUGGAAAAGGAAAUGCGCGACAAAGAAGAGGUGUUCGAAAAGAUCAUGACUUCAGAGGAAGACGCCAUAUUGACUGUUUCACAAAUUGGAAAACUGUUUAACGAGAAAAUGGAGGAAAGCAUUUCCCGUUACUUGGACAUGUAUGAUGAGCUGAAGAAGAAGUAUGACGCCCGUGAAGCCUACAUUCAGGAUAUGAAAACGUUGUUGGAUGAGUUCGCUACCGGAAUCGAGCUGGCUCGAAUCGAACUGGACACGAAGGAUAAGAAGAUAUUCGAGCUGGAGAAUGAAAACAAAGACAUCAAGCUAGAAAACAUGACUUUUAGGUUUAAAUGUGAACAGUUUGAAAAGUAUCAAGUCGAAGGACGAUUGCCUCUGCCGUCACCGGAAGUUCCAUCGAAGGUUGAUGAGGAACAGCAAUUGGUGUCCAGUAUGCUGAUUGAAAAUAUCAUCAACCAGCUGGAGAAGGUUGACGAUGACAAGGUGCUCCAUAGUGAGCACAUUGAACUGAUUCAAGAGGUGAUUGAAUGUAAUUCUGAGAAAGAUGACGCUCGAGUUGGUGAACUGAAUGAAAAGCUUAAAGAAACAGAGGAGAAACUACGUAUCGUGGAACAGUUCGCUAAGGAAACAUCAGAAAAAUAUACUGAACUUUUGGAAAAUCAGAAUAAUCGGCAGAAGAUAAAAACUAUCGAAAAUAACAAGGACCAUCAACAGUUGAAGGCGAAAAUUGCCAAACUGCAGGAGGUUAACAAAAAGCAGGAAAAUACUAUCCAGGGACUGCAGCAACAGCUAUCAUGUUUCGAUUCGCCGCAAAAGAUGAAUCUGUCCGCCAAGCUGUUCGGCAUCGGAAGCCCUAAAACUCCCAAGAAGAUGAUUUCUUCGCCGUUUCCCGGAAAGGAAAAUCGCUCACCCGUUACUCCUGGCACUGUAUAUAGUCCGCGGAAUAAUGUACUGCGUCCAAGGAAUAACUAACGCCCUCGGAUGGAUUAUCCAAUGGUGGCAAACGAAUGCAGAACCAAAAUUUAAUAGUUUUACGCAAACUUUGUAUUUAUUACCACGUUCGAACAUAGAAAAUACUCCGAAGCGAGUGAUUCGAAAGAAGUCAAGUGAUACAAAUCAAAUAUAUAAAUCAACGGAAUAUGAAACAAGAAAUAUAAAUCUGCUCCAAAAUUGAAAAACAAAAAAUAAUUUACUAAACAGAGUCAGUUUGAUUUGUUGCAACAAACAUAGAUACAAAGAAAAAUAGCCCACAGAAAGAGGCAAAAAUAGUAAAAUAAAAAGAAAAUAACGUA